AUGAACCACCGAUGUCCAGACCAAGAAGAGGUGACGGAGCGGGUCGUCCAACUUUGCGAUGGGGAAUCCUCCUGUUCCGUCAUGCCAGACACGCCCGGGAUUCGGCCAAAUCGGUUGCAGACGUGCGGCAAGAUGCACCUUUCGCUAACCUACUUUUGUGGUAAGACAACGAAUCCUGGUUCUUUUUAUUGUUGCCAUUGUCAUUGCUGCUAA